GUGGUUACUGUAUUCACUUUACUAUGCGCAGUGAAACUGCCGUUUGCUGAUAUUCAAGACGAUUUCAAUAUUGGAUAUACGCCCGAUGAUGCACGUGCUCUGCGAGAGCUGAAAGUGUACAAGAAUUUCACGAAUGGUGAUCCAGUGAUGUUUUUUGUGCUCAUUAUGGCGAGCGAUGGUGGAAGCAUGUCUAGGAUGGCGCAUCUGAACAAGACCGUUGAAAUUAUCGAUGAAAUCGGCACACAGAUCAGAAUCAAAAAUCAAACCUUCUAUGAUAUUUGUACCAGUUUUUGUAACGCUAAUGAACCCGUCGUACAGUUCAGGAAUGGAUUACUGCUUAAAACACGAGCGAAUGGAGCAACAAACGGGACAUUAUUUGAGGAUGCAAGCAUACGGUAUCCAAUAAUGACAUUCUUUGGUCAUGAAUUCGACUUGAGUCCAAAUUUCCAUGGUGUCGAAACAUAUCCCGAAGGAGAGGAACCGAAUCAUGGCGCGACGAACGUUAAGGAUCUCAAAAUGAUUGCACUCUUGAUACGUGCACAAAAACCAGACAGCUGGACCGAGCAAGACGUCAUCAAUUAUGACAUCGCUUUAAGGAAACGUUACAACGAGGCGACCGAAAAAUCAGUAGUAGUAGCCAACAUCUACUCAUGGUGGUAUUUGCAAGCCGAAAUCACGCGAACGUCAACAGUUGUCUUUCCGUAUCUAGCGUUCGGCAUCACUUCAGUUUUUAUCUUCUCGCUGUUAAGUGUCGCAUACGGCGCGUGGCAUGUAGGACAGAUGUCGCCAUAUAAACUCGUAUUCGCAGUCACCGCUUGUAUAACUCCAAUGAUGGCAACAGCGGUUUGCCUGGGACUACUGCUGUGGUUUGGUGUGCGUUUCGGUUCCAUUCUGCUGAUAGCACCAUUUCUUCAGCUUGCAAUCGGUGUGGACGAUGCAUAUAUCAUGAUCAAUGCUUGGGAACGCGUCUGCUUAGAUCGAAAACGAAAUGCAGUAGAUAACGACACGUUGCGAUCGCGUAUAACUGAGGUAAUGGUUGAGGCAGGUCCAUCCAUAACGGUAACAUCACUGACAAAUAUGCUCGCCUUCGGAGUGGGAGCAGUCUCGUCAACACCCGAUAUCCGGCUAUUCUGCACUGCAAACGUCUUGUCAAUGUUUUUGACUCUCGUAUUCACCGUCACAUUUUUUAUGGCUGCUUUAGUGAUUGGUGCUAAAUAUGAAAUGCGAUCGCAACAAAAUCAAACAAAGCCUUGCAAGACAAAUACAAAUACCUCAGAAAUAUUAAACGAAUAUUGCAAAUGGCUAUCCAAUGGUAAAGCGUCAGUGCUCAUUUUGUUGAUGAUGUGUGUCUAUUGGGGAAUAUCAAUUUAUGGCCUGACUACUUUAUCACCGACAGUACGUCCCAUGAAACUGCUCAUUGAUGGAUCACCAAUUGAAAAGGCUGUAGAAGCUACCUUUCCAAACAACAGUUUUGUUUUUCAGCUGUUACAAUUACGAUAUGACUACAUUCUGAAGGGAUACACAUUCGUGACGAUUAUAGUUGACGACGCUGGAAACCUGACAGAUCCGAGUCGUCGGGAACGCAUCUAUUCGAUGGUGGAACAGUUCGAGCAGCUACCUGAAUGUAACGGUGCACGAUUCAGUCAUUUUUGGAUGAGGGAUUAUGACAAUUUCAUGUCGAACACUGGCGAUGUCGAAAUUGAAGAAGAAAUACCCGAAGGCGAUACAGAUCUGAUCGCGGAGCAAGCACCGUACACUACGACGUCAAUAAGGAAUUUUUUGAAGUGGCCGGAAUAUCAGUUCUGGGCUGCAUUCAUGAAAUUCGACAAUACAACGGAUAGGAUCAAGAAUUUUUUCGUGACAGUGCCAUAUCAUGGCGAAAAUUUGGACGAUUUCAAAGAGAAACUCCGUAUGUUAAAAGCUUGGCGUGCGAUCGCUGAUAACUACUCAGAUCUGUCUGCGUCUGUCUACGAAGAUGAUUCUCAGUUCACCGAUCAAAUUGAAACCCUCCUCCCUCGCACCCUUAAAAGUACUGCCUACUCGUUUGCGUGUAUGUUUCUAGUGUGUGCCCUGUUUAUGCCCGAUAUCCGUACUGUGUUUGCUGCAUCCGUUUCUAUUUUAUCGAUAUUUGUCGGUGUCGCUGGAUUCUUGAAGCUAUGGAAUAUUGAAUUGGAUCCCAUUUCAAUGACAACAGUAAUUUUGUCGAUUGGCAUGUCGGUUGACUAUCCAGCACACAUCACAUACCACUUUUAUCACGCCUCACAAAAACACCCCUCCGAACCAGGAUACGCUCUGAUGGCGAGAGCACUCUCUGUCAUCGCAUAUCCAUUGCUGCAAUGUUGCAUAUCCAAUUUGCUCAUCGUUUUCUGUUUAGUUCUGGCGGGCACAUACGUUACUGAGGUAAUCGUGAAAACCGUUUCGUUGGUGGUAUUGUUCGGAUCGAUACACGCGCUCGUAGUCAUUCCUGCAUUCCUCUCUGCUUUUUCAUAUGAUCGUUCGAGACGAGUCGUGAAGCCGAUUGAACCUUCAUCCACUCUAUCGGCAAAGCAAUAA